UGAGUCUCAGUUUGAUAUUGAGAACACGUAGGGUGAACAAAAUAACAAAUACUAUCCUGCAAAAGAUUUUAUUAUCUCAUACAAUACCUUUAAUAAAUACAUUUGUUAUAACAGGAGUUUAUUUAACUAUAUGGCCAUUUGUAGUGGUUUUUAAUAGACUGUAAAGUGAUCCUUUUAUGUUGUCUAUCUUAAUUGGGAGGGUGUGUUUCAUUACGCUGCACAGGUGCUGCUUUUGUGUGAGGCAUCAUACUCCAACUUCACCUGUGUAAUCAUAGUACAUAAAUAUGGUUUCAUUCAAGGGUUCAUGAUGACAGCAGAGGUCAACUGACACUCAUCACACUUUUUAGCAACCCAGUGUUAGAUGAAUACAGGCCAUGAAACAGUGACUUUUCCACAUGUUUCUGUCCCUGUAUAGUGGUAAAGGCAUCAAGUGUCCUUUUUCCCACCCACAGUGGUAUUGAGAUGUUUCUGUCUAUACACGUGUUCAAACCAUAUGUGACUGAUAAGCCUGUGAGUUUAGCUGAUUCUGGGCUUUCUUAGUACCCAGAUAAUCCAUAUUAGGGCUCACUGACGCAGUUGAACGUAUAUAAAAACCUGGAGUGAAACCUCGGCUGCACAAGUCCACACAGAGGAUCCAAGGUGAGUUCAGCUGCAGAUGUCUGCAGCACAGUGUGAUGGAGAAGUGUGCACGCUCUUUCAGCUGUCUUUGUUGGGGGGUUCAAACACUGUGUUUCCUCUGAGUGGAAGCUGAUUCAUGUCUGUGUCCUGCAGAUCUGCUGGUAUGGCUCGCAUGUCUGUUUUCAGGUUCUCAGCUCUGGCUCUGCUGCUGCUGUCUGCCUGCUGUUGGGCUGACAAUGAGGCAGAGGAGAUUGCAGAGGAGGACUUAGGGGAUCUGUCUGUCUCUGAACUUCUGGAGAGAGCCAACAGUAAUCUGCUCCGUUCUGAUGAUGGUCCCAUCCUGACUGAGGGAGACAUCGUCAUCGACAGCGAGACCGAGAGAAACGCCGACCCCUGCACCAGCCGUGGCUGCAAGUGGGGCAAAUACACUGACGGAAAGGUCUACAUUCCUUAUUACAUCGCCAGUCACUUCUCCUCCCGUGAGAAGGCCAUCAUCACCCGUGGACUGGAGUCCUUCUCUUCCUUCUCCUGCAUCCGCUUCAGGCCCAGCAGGAGCAGCGACCGCGACUGGCUGAGCAUCGAGUCCAAGGACGGCUGCUACUCCUACGUCGGCCGUCGUGGUGGUAAGCAGGUGGUGUCUCUGGCCCGUCGUGGAUGCCUCUACCAUGGAACCGUCCAGCACGAGCUGCUCCACGCUCUGGGCUUCAACCACGAACAGACCCGCAGUGACAGGGACAACCACAUCAAAGUCCUGCUGCAGAACGUUCAGUCUGGAAUGGAGCACAACUUCAGGAAGAUCGCCACCCUGAACCAGGGCACUCCCUACGAUUACAACUCUGUCAUGCAGUACCACAAGUACGCCUUCUCCAAGAACAACCAGCCCACCAUGCUCCCCAUCCCUAACAACAACGUGUCCUUUGGUAACGCUAAGGAGAUGAGUCGCAACGACAUCGCCAGGCUUAACACGCUCUACGGCUGCUAGGAAGCCCGUUCAGAUGUGUUGACAGACAGAUCAGAGGGAAGACUGAACAACAGAAGCUGCGGACUUCAACUCAUCAGCACACCAGUCAUGAUCAAACUAUAAAGUUA